GACAGUUACUUCUAUCCAAGCCCAGUGCUCUUGCUUUAAUUUAACAGGCAUUCUGCAUGUGGUUUCAGAGAAAUCCAACAAUCACUGUUACAAAGACGCAACAAGAGGCAACAGGACCGACGGAAACUAUGAUCUUGCACUUCAUAAGCCUUGUUUUCGCAUUUUCAUUCAAGACUUGUGGUACAGCGACAUUUAGCCAUGCUGACAGUAUAAUUGAAGUGACAACUGGUGAGAUCAAAGGAAAUUCACCUCAUAUCCAGCUACCAACAGUCAGUUACAAUAAAAAAUCUCGAAAUAUCACUGAAGCAAUCAAGGUGGCUCAAGUAACAACAGCCAGCUUCAUAACUUUCCUGGAAACUAAUUCAUCGAGCGGAAUGACAAACAUCACAAAAGUAAUUAAAAGCACUGUAUCUCCAGUGCCCAAAAGAUCCACCCAAAGCCAGGACAAAGAACAAACGGUCCCACCCUCUACUACUGAAAUUACCCAUUUGUCUACAGACUCAAACCUCCUCUCUCACGCAACCCAGGACAAAGAACAAACGGUCCCACCCUCUACUACUGAAAUUACCCAUUUGUCUACAGACUCAAACCUCCUCUCUCACGCAACCACAUUUCCUGACAACAAACCUACAAACACAGAUGGAGAUACAACACAGUUCACUGGCUCAAACAAACCUUCAAUAUUCAUUGUCAUUACCAAGCCCAACAAAAUACAAGAACCUCCAAAAGAAAAAUCCAACAAUGUACCAAUUCACAGUCAAGUAGUGGCAGGACUAAUAGGUGUGGCUCUGUUAUCGAUGGUCGUUGGAAUCUUGGUCAUCUUUGUGAAGAAACGCAAACUUCAGAGACAGCAGAUAACAACAAAUGACUGGGCUGGGCCUUCACCAUUUCUAAUCCAUGGAGAUGACAAUGGACGAGUAACAAUGAGGUCAUCUAACCAGAUUUCUCUUCCCAGCUUCCUGUCUCAGAGAAUUUCCAAUAGGUUGUCCUUUCUCCCAGAAAUACAGGAGGAGUCAGAAGCCAUAACACCAGGUUCUACGUUUGGAAGUACACAUGGAGGGAUUACAUCUGAACAAGAGUUUGACAACAAAAGUGCACUGGAAAGCACUCAUACAAAAAAGAUUGAUAAUUCUGCCAUUGUGACCUCUUCAAUGAAACCAAGCACCACAAACGGCAGUACUGCCAACGAAAACCGUAACUAACUACAUAUAUCAGAACUGCAGACAAUGACGUUGGGCAAUCUUAAGCAUGAGUAAAAGCUAAAAACAACAUAUGUAGUUGAUAUUAUGCUCUUUUAGAAAAUGUUUCAUCUGUGACUGAGAACAAAGGGACCAUAGCAACUUGGUGUUACACAGUUGAAAGAAGACUGACAUUCAUCUCAGUCUCAAAUGUGAGUUGUCAGAAUAGGAAUAUCCUCAUGAAGAUACUUCUUACAAAAUUGUAAAUAUCAAGCAACAUCUAUCACAAGAUAAUGAGACAUCUUAAAAACCUGAACGAUUAACCGUUGGAGUUGAACAAGAAGUGGACAAUAAAAUAAUUUCUACCAACGAAAAGCUCCAUAAUGAAAAAUGUCAAGCUACAGUACCUGAAGAAAAUGUCUGUCAAGGGGAAAAUAAUAGCUCAUUUCUCAUUAAUGUUCUUAUUUCACAUAUUUUGUUGAAUAAAAUGUUUCCAUCUGAUUUCAAGGGAUUAAAAGUGA